GUUGAAAUUCCGAGAAUUGAGCAGCUCAGUUUCUUAGAACUGGAUUCACAGAAGUGGAGUGGCUCGGAUUUUCGAGGAAACUUUGACAAGUUUUCACAGUACGGCCAUGACUGCAAAUGGGUGUGUUCAAUUUACGCGCCAUGCAGGUGAUGUCCUGCUCAACUUCAACCGCCUCCGCAGCAGGAAUCUCCUGACUGAUGUCACCAUUCAAGUGGACGGACAGCAUUUUUAUGCUCACAAGGCCAUCUUGGUGGCCUGCAGUGGUUUCUUUUAUUCGGUCUUCAUGAACCCAGGGAACACAAACCUCAGUGUCAUCAGCUUAGACUCCAAAAUAGACCCCAAGAGUUUCUCAAACCUCCUGGACUUCAUGUACACGUCCUUUCUGAACCUGACGGACAGCAUGCUGGUGGGCACCAUGAACACUGCCCUGUACCUCCAGAUGGAGCAUGUGGCUGACACCUGCCAGAGGUUCAUCAAGUCCAGGCCGUCUUUAAAUGUGGAUGUUGAAGAAGUGCAGACCGGCAUGUUACCCAUGGCUGACCAACUCUCCACAUUGAGGCCCAUUCAUGUGACAGAGUUAGAUCUAAAAAACAGAUACACAGCUACUUUGCCCCCUCUUCAGGAGGGCAGGGGUUACAGUGUUUUCCGGGGUAUCAACACCUCCGGCUCCUAUCACGUGUAUGGUGAUCGUCACAUCCCUGCUGGCAAGCCCGAAAGUUCCCAACGAAUCGGGACCCCUCCCAGAGUAUCUUCAUUGUCGCAGAAACCAUUUUUGCAAGUCCCCAGCACCAACGUGCCUCUCAAGGAGUCCUCGGCCAUAAUCAAUCACCCUGGUUUCCACCCCACUAUUAUUCGACCGGGACCCGCCACCCACAUGGAGGAAGACAGUGUCCAGCACCCUGUUACUAACUGCCGAAGAUCAUCUCAAAGUUUCGGGAAAGGUGUAAUAUGCAGCCCUCAGAGCCCCCUCAGAUCCGACUGCCAGCCCAACUCGCCCACCGAGUCGAGCAGCAGUAGAAAUGCGACCUUGUGCCUCAAACAGCCCCCUGAUUGCCCCAAAGAAGCCAAGGUGCGAAACUGGAAGAAGUACAAAUUCAUUGUAAUGAACCAAACCCAAGUGAACAAGGAAACUGAGGCUCCCAGUGGAAGCCCCGAAAGCGGAUCCCCUUCGCUUAGUCCCUGCAGGGGCAGCGAGAGGGAACCCCAAAUGGUAGAAGCAGCCAGUGAACACAGAGAAGAAAAUCCCCUGACUGUUGACAGCCACCGCAAAUGUUCCUCCUGUGGUUGCGAUAGCCCUCAACAAGUGGAGACCACUCACCUCUUUCCCGACGACUCUUACUGCAGGGAAUCGAAGUUCUCUCCAUCAAGCUCUGAGGGCUUCCCGGAAGAAGAUUCCCCUAAAGAUCACACGGGCCAGGUCCACAGAAAGAAGCCGUACAAGUGCGACUGUUGCCAGGCUGCCUUCCGAUACAAGGGCAACCUAGCCAGCCACAAGACUGUUCAUACAGGUGCAAAGCCAUACUGCUGCAACAUCUGUGGCGCUCAGUUUAACCGGCCAGCUAAUCUGAAGACACACACUCGCAUCCACUCUGGGGAGAAGCCAUACAAGUGCGACACAUGUGGUUCCAGAUUUGUCCAGGUGGCCCACCUUCGCGCCCAUGUGUUAAUUCACACAGGAGAAAAGCCAUACCCUUGUGAAAUCUGUGGGACUCACUUUCGCCACUUACAGACCCUGAAGAGUCACAUGCGCAUUCAUACUGGAGAGAAGCCUUAUCAUUGUGAAAAGUGUGACCUCCACUUCAGACACAAGAGUCAGCUGAGGCUUCAUCUCCGACAGAAGCACGGCGCCAUCACUAACACCAAGGCGCAGUACCGCCCCACAUCCGGCAGCCUGCCCUGCUGACUGCACAGCCUCCUUUGUUUGUUCUUUUCCCCCCUCUCCAUCGGCCAAUGUAUUGUAAAAACAAAACAAACAAAAAAAACAAAACAAAAAACUAUUUUUGUAAUCCAAAGAACCAUAUUUUGUCAAUGUUUGACAAUUUCAACUAUUUCAGAGUUUAUAUUUGACCACCUCAAACAACAAUGUACAUUUUGGACUGUGAAUUUGAACACAUGGUUUUCUCGGUAGCCCAAUUUUACCAUUGAAUGGCAGGAUUCUUUUCAACACAAAAUUACUGUUAGUUUGCUCCAGUAUUGGUACGAGUUUGCCCACAAACGUCGUCAUUUAUAUUUUGUAAAUGAGAUUGCCAUCUGCUGGCAGAGCAUGGAUAUCUUGCCCAUGAGUUUUACUGAAGGACAGUGACGCAAGAUGCUUGUUAUUGUCACUUCUGGUACAUAUUUUUGUGUGUACAGAUUGACAUCCCUUUGUAUUUUUUUUUGUAUGUACAGUAUAAUCUUUUCAUAAGCCAUCAAUGGUAUUUUGCACACACAUUGCUGUUAUUCAGAAUGUCUUCAUACUAUUCAGAUGUUUUUUUCUAAUGUUACUAAUAUGUUAAAAUGUUUUGUUAACGCAUGUCCCCUGUCCUUGAUGCAGUUAAAAAAAAUAUUUAUUUAUAUUCAACCUUGCCAUAUGGUCCCAAUUCUGGUGCUGUACAAUGUGUAUUAUUGUGCCUUAUAUUCAAACGUUUUAUUGGCUACUGUCUCUGACUUUUAAUGUAAAUGCUAUGUACAUUAAUGCUUUUUGUUAGUUGUGCACUGUAUGCCGCUCUUAAAAAUGCAGACAAGCUAAAACAUGCUCAGGAAUAUUGCCUAUAUGUAAUCACAUCUUUGUAACUGCAGAAUACAUAAUAUAUAUUUAUAUUUAUGAAAUAGAAAUAAAUAUGCAUACCGCAACAUC